UUUCUCAUUUUCUUUUCCUCCUCUCUCGCGUUCCCCAUUCCCUUUUCUUCCCUCCUCCCAAUCUAGAGCAGUGCAGCGCUCAGGCUGCGCCGACGGCGCGCGCCACCGCGAACGUCAGGCUGGGCCUCCCCCCACCUAUUCCUCUCCUCAUCGGCGGAUCUCGGCCGACGCGCUCGUGCAGCUCGUCCAUACAGUAGUAGCAGCAGGCUGCCCACGCCUCCGAUCCGCAGCUCCCUCGCCGUCCGGAGAUGGCUUCCGCCGCCUUCGCCCUCACCUCGCCGGCAGCCCCCGCCGUCGCUGCCCGGUCCAAGGUGCUUGGAGGGGGGAAGAAUCAGGGGAGAAAUGGCUGCCGCGUGGGGAUCACGAGGAUGGUGACCGCCUGCUGGCCUUUCUAAUUGCUCGUACUCGUAGCCUUGUACUACUUAUUUGGAUCGUGGAGUUGAUUUGGCGAAUUACUUGGGUGCUGUAGCAUGAGAUGCCCAUGGGCCAUGGUUAUCGUCAUGUAUGGUCUGUCAAUUGUUAGCCAGCAGUUCCUUAAUUAGCAAUUUAUGAAUUGGGACAACUUAUAGCUUUUGCCGAAUUCUAGUCUUUGUGAUCUCCUAUGCUAUCAGUUACUGCAGGUUUCUAGGACAUUAUCUACCUUCCCAUAUAAGCAUGUAGGUUACUGUUGGUUAAGCAGCAGAAUUAUCCUACUAACCAUUGAUCUAUAAGCAUGUCAUAUGAUCAUCGACUUUGAAUGGAGGACUACUUGCAUUAGUAACUUCUGCAAGAAAAGAUAUGCUCCAUACUGUGUUUCUGCAUGCUGAAAAUAUCAUAAGUUCACUUAUGAACACAGCUGUUGGAGCUUAAGUGCUUUCAGAGCAUAAGCAAAUAAUUGUCUUAUAGUUCUGAAAGGAACCGAGAACCUCAUUUCAUGAUAAACAAAAUGACGCAACAAGUGCUGUAUAGGAAUGAUUAUUAUUUUGAUUGGUACACACUUGAAUUUCCUAUGCUAAAGCUAAGACACAUCAAUAUUGACAGGCUAGCUAGUUAUGAGAAUUUUCUUCUUCAUUGAGGGUGAUGUUUUGUAUUUUUGUUGUCUUUAUUUAGUGUGCACUCCUGUUUGAAGCUUUGACAUCUCUUUGUGCAAUGAUGUGAUUUAUGCUUUGAGUUAUGAUUGCUCCUUUCUUGAACUCAGAACUUCGGCCAUGUUAUAUGAUGGCCCUUGCAGUGGAUGUUUCUCGUUUUGAGGGAGUGCCAAUGGCUCCACCAGACCCAAUUCUUGGGGUUUCAGAAGUCUUUAAAACAGAUAAAAAUGACCUGAAGCUCAAUCUUGGUGUUGGUGCCUAUAGAACAGAAGAGUUGCAGCCCUAUGUCCUCAAUGUAGUCAAGAAGGCUGAAAAUCUUAUGUUGGAGAAAGGAGAAAACAAAGAGUAUCUUCCUAUUGAAGGUUUAGCAGCAUUUAACAAAGCAACUGCAGAGCUACUGCUUGGAGCUGACAACCCCGUCAUCAAGCAAGGACUGUUUCUGUAGCAAGUCAUCAACGAUAUGGAGUAGAGGAAGAGGACAUGGAUCUGGAGUUCUAGACAGUUUAUAAAUCAAAUAUCACAUGUAUGUGCUCAACUGACUACCGUUGCUGUCUUGAUGCUUGAUUUUAUACUUUUAUACCAAGUAGUAUGUACUGUAUAAUUUUUUUUCUAAGGAAAUUUAUACGAAUGAAUUUUUUCCUAAGCAAAGUUAUGUAUAAAAAAUCUAAAAAGUUUAUACAACAUGGAUAUUGAUGAA